AUGGAGGACCGAUCGUUGCAGUGUUUGGGUGGCAACAAACCGCACCUGGAGAAACUAACUCUGGGGGUCGCCCGUAUCCUGGAAGCUUCCCCAGGAGUGACCGGGGUGUCAGUUGUGGAACGGGAACCUGCUGACAUUGGAAUGAUUACUGCUUGGGAACAAGAAAAUGAUUGUAUCCUGCCUGAUGAUUUGAGGAAUUUUUACCUGAUGACAAAUGGCUUCCAUAUGCUGUGGAAUGUGAAACUAGAUAAUUAUCCUGUUCCAUUGGGCAGCCUGAUGAUUAACAGCCUCAUGAAGCUGAACCAGCUCCACCAGUCCUCCGUUUAUUUGCUUCCCAAUUCACCAAGUCUUGGGGACUUGGAGGAAGACGAGGAUGAAGUGUUCGUACCUAAUGGAGAUGACCCCGAGAAGCCACACUUUGACUCUAGAAAUAGGAUUUUUGAACUGGAUUCCUGCAGUGGGAAUGGGAAAGUCUGCCUUGUUUAUAAAAAAGAUAAACCAGAUGCCUUUGUAGAUAGGAAUCAACCUUCAUCGAAAGAAAGAAGUCAGUUUGCACAAGUUUAUAACUCAGAUAAAUUGAAAGAAAAGUGUGGAAACUUAAAGUUAAGCCAUCUUUCUCCCCAAGAUUCUGAGAUCUGGUUUCUUGAUAGAGCUUUAUACUGGCAUUUUCUCAGCGACUCCUUUACUACUUACUAUCGGCUACUGAUCACUCACCUGGGCCUGCCUCAGUGGCAGUAUGCCUUCACCAGCUAUGGCAUUAGCCCACAGGCCAAGCAAUGGUUCAAUAUGUACAAACCCAUCACCUACAACACAGCUGUUCUUGCUGAAGACGAUGGCAUCUUCAUGAACAAGUUGGACCCCAGCAAGGUGUUUAAGAGCAAGAGCAAGACCUUAGUCUCUAAAAAGAGGUCAUCUCUACAGAGCUCAAGCUCACAGAGAGGUUCAUCAGCUUCUCCAGUCAUCAAGUCAUCCCCUAUCCCUGGAAACUCUAUCCGGAAAUAA